AUGGUGAUUAUGGUGAAGUUUCUCACAGCUGGUGGGAAGAAAUUGAAGCUGACAAUCUGGGACACGGUUGUUUAUUUAGCAUUCAGUGUUCAGUGCUUAAUUGUAUCAAACGGAGCCGUAGUCUAUGAUUUUUUGUCUGGAGGGCUAAUCCGAAGUGGAAGCAACCCUAAACUUGAACGCAAUGAACCAAUGCCCGAACCCGUGGCACGUGUCGUUCACGUACGCGCGGGCCCUACAGAACACUUGCCUAAGACGUGGGGCGGAAGACCGGAGAACAUGAAGGCGGCACAGGACGCUUUGCUCUUGAGAGCGAGCGCCAACUCGCUCGCGCAGCUCGGCAAAUACACCGGUGAGGGAGAGUCCGAGGAGGCCAAAAAAGGAAUGUUUGUUAAGGGCUACAGUUACUAA